AUGGGGAUUUCGGAGACGCAUGGUACGGAUGGCACGGAGCUCGGCGCUCGCCUCGUCCCUGGCUGUCGCCCUUUCUGGUCUCACGGCACGCGCUCACAGGCCGGGGUAUGGCUUUUCGUGAAGAGCAGCUUCCUGAUGAAGUUCAACCCCGUGCGGCCAGAGGAUUGGGUGCCCUUGGAGGCUGGACGGGCUGCUAAGCUAUUCCUGCGGGGGCCGUCGGGCGCACUGGAUAUCAUUGUGGUGUAUCUUACUUCGGGCUCCGACCAGACCAUCCGCGCAACUCGACGAGCUACGAUGACUUCGAUCGCCCAGCACGUGGCUCCUCGGGAGCAGGUGCUGAUUGUGAUGUUAGUGGAUUUCAAUUUCGUAGUGGACCGUCGGGACCGCUGGUCGAAGUCGGAUGGCUCCUGGUCUGGAGAUUCCGACGCCAGAGACGCCCGAGCUUUCGAGAUUCUGUUCUCCACGCUUUUCGGUUUCCACGAGCUGCGCCAGCCGCUCGUUACCCACGAAUGUGGAGUGGCGAAAUCUCGCUUGGACCGAGCCUGUGCCAACAAUUCACUCGCCGACCAAUUGGACCGCUGUUACAAGUCAUGUUUUCGUCUUCGACAAUAG